GUUGUACAGAACACUCCACUCUGCUGUAGGACAGUCUGUAUGUCAGUCACAACCCAACUGGGACCAUGACAACCAUCAUGAUAACAGUACUGAUGCUCUUCAUUCAAACCACCCUGGGGGCUCCUGAAACAGACGGUCCCUUCAACCUCUUCAAUGCAGAAAGUGGCAUUAGACAGGAACAGGCACGCUGGGUGUCAGGAGGACGCCUCUACUACACCAACAACAGGAAGUGUGCUGGGGUUUCUGGGAAGACAGAGGGUAGUACGCUGGUGUCUUCUGACUGUGAUGAGAAGUGCCUCCUCCAGCAGUGGGAGUGCAGUAACAACACACUGCUCGCAUUGAAAGGACAGUCUCUGUACCUGCACAUCAACGACAACAACGAUGUGGUGUUGUCCAGAGACACGGGGCCUCGGAGUCGCUGGACCAUCUCUGGAACAACGGACGGCCCCUGCUCAAGGACCCACAGAGAACUCUUUACCAUCGAAGGAAACGCAUUUGGGCGUCCCUGUCAGUUUCCUUUCCUGUACAAAGACCAAUGGUAUGGAGACUGCACCUUGGUAGACUCCUCUGAUAGACGGCUUUGGUGUGCCAUUGAAACAAACUACCAAGACAAUGAACUGUGGGGCAACUGUCCAUCCAAAUCUACGGAGCAUUGGCAUAAGAACCCGGUCACAGGUGCAUUCUACCAGGUGAACCUCCACUCUGCCCUGACCUGGCACCAGGCUCGGACCAGCUGCCAACAGCAGGGAGCAGACAUGGCCUCAAUCACCGAACCCCUCGAGCAGACCUAUUUAGCAGGCCUGUGUGGUAGACUGCAUGUGCCGCUGUGGACGGGGCUGAAUGCUCUGGAACAGGACAGUGGGUGGCAGUGGAUCAGUGGAAAGCCUCUCCGCUACUUCCGAUGGGACUCUGGUCAUCCUCUCUCUGAUCCUGGUCAUAUCUGUGGACUUGUCGACCCAGGUCAGCAGUCCUACUGGCAGAGCUCCCUGUGCUCCAAGAAACAUGGCUACGUCUGUCAGAAAGACCCACCUACAUCCCCCGUUCCCCCAGAAGUGACAGGUUACUGCUCCAGUCCGUGGAUUCCCUACGCUGCCAGGUGCUACCUCCUCCAGCGUACCAGGAAGACCUGGACAGAGGCUCAGACGGAAUGUCGGAAGGACGGAGGCGAACUGGCCAGCAUCCACAACAUUGAGCAGCACAGCUUUGUGAUGUCACAGCUGGGAUAUGCGGCCGCUGACGAGUUGUGGAUCGGGAUGAAUGAUGUCAAGACGCCACUACUGUUUGAGUGGAGCGACCAAUCCCCUGUCACCUUCACCAGGUGGGAGGAAGCCAUGCCAAUGGAGGGCAACUGUGUACUGGUCAGAGGAGAGCAGGGCAGGUGGGCUACUCAGGUGUGUGACAACCAGCGUGGCUUCAUCUGUAUGAAGAAAUCUACCUCCCAACCCUCAGGGGACCCGGUGGACACUAACCCAGGCUGCAAAUCGCAUUGGACCAGGCACGGCUCCUUCUGCUACUCUGUGGGACCAGAGAUCAAGACCUUUGAUGAGGCCAAAGAGACAUGCAAGAGCUCACAGUCAUAUCUGGCAGAUGUUUCCAGCAGGUUGGAUAAUGCUUUCCUGAUCAGCCUGGUUGGGUCCAGGCCAGAGCAACACUUCUGGAUCGGACUCUCCAACCAGAACCACAUCGACAUCUUCAGCUGGACGAACAGCAACAGGGUCAGGUACACCCACUGGAACGCACAGAUGCCAGGCAGUCGACAGGGUUGUGUGGCCAUGACAACAGGGCCUCUCGCUGGAUUAUGGGAUGUGCUGAGCUGCACCAAUCAGGAGAAGUAUAUCUGUAAACACCUGGCAGAAGGAGCGGGGCCAACACCAGAACCAAUCACACCUGUCCCUCCCAGGUGCCAUGAGGGCUGGUUUCCUGUGGGGUCUCGGAACUACUGCUUCAAGUUCUUUACAGGGCCUCGCAAAGAUGAGAAGACCUGGUUUGAGGCUCGGGACUUCUGCAGGGUGAUUGGAGGAGACCUACUCAGCAUCCACAGUUCUACGGACCACCAGUCUAUGCAUCAUGUCCAUGGUGGGACUUCUUGGAUCGGUCUGAGUGCUCAGGAUCCCAACGCUGGCUUCGCCUGGACUGAUGGGUCGCCACUGUCCUUCCAACACUGGAUGGAGGGGGAACCCAACAACUACAACGGUGUGGAGUCCUGUGCUGAGAUGACGAUCUCUUACUGGGAUGAAGAGGGAUCCUGGAACGAUGUAAACUGUGAGGGCUACAACGACUGGCUGUGUGAGAUCCCUAAAGGAGUGACCCCACUACCUCCUCCCAACAACACCAUCCCUGAGUAUAAUGUGACAGAGGAUGGCUGGCUGGAGUAUGGAGGCUCUCAAUAUUACUUUAAUACUGAGAGGCUGGCCAUGGAGAAUGCCAGACACUACUGUCAGCAGAGGCAUGGGGACCUUGUUGUUAUCAACGGACUAACAGAAAAUACAUUUCUGUGGAAAAAGAUCAAUAAAGAGCAUUUUGGAAACCAUUACAUCGGGCUAAAAGUUGAUCUUGAUCGCUCUUUCGGGUGGAUGAACGGUUCCCCAGUAGUAUUCCAGAGAUGGGACAACAACCAGCCGGACUUCAAGAACAACGAUGAGAACUGUGUUGUCAUGUCCAGCUCCAUGGGUUUCUGGCUUGACUAUAACUGUGGCACUGAAAUGAGGUCCAUCUGUGAGAGGAGUGGUUCCCCCCCAGUGAACAGCACCGUGCCCCCUACUGCCCCCCCCACAGGAGGCUGCCCCCCGGAAUGGGUCCGCUACCAGUCUAAGUGCUACAAAUUGAUUGGAUACCGGGUGCCUUGUACCUGGCUCGAGGCCAGAUCGUACUGCCAAUCCAUGGGAGCUAACCUGGCUUCCAUCGCCAGUCGGGGGGAGCAAGUGUUUUUGACGACCCAGAUGACUUCUGGUGCUACUGACCUGUGGAUUGGACUGAGUAACUUAAACCGGGACGCGUUUGUCUGGACCGAUGGCCAGGCAGUCAAAUACUUAAACUUGGAUUUCACGAAGAUGUUCCCAUCGCGAUGGCAUCACUAUAGUCAGAUGUUCCCAUCGCGAUGGCAUCACCAUAGUCAGAUGUUCCCAUCGCGAUGGCAUCACCAUAGUCAGAUGUAUAUGCUUUCCUCUCAGGCUAGUCAGUGUAUUGUGAUGGCCAGUUCCUCCUCCAUCUUGGGAAAAUGGGAAAUCAGGUCCUGCAACGACACGCACGGAUUCAUCUGUCAGCGUAAAGUUGACUCAGGCAUCCCAGUCCUGACACCGACAGUGUUACCUAGAGGCUGGGUGAAGCUGGCCAACGACUCCUACAAGGUGAUGCCCCAGAACAGGACAUGGCCCGAUGCCCGGAUGCAGUGUGAGGCUGAGGAGGGCCAGCUGGCUAGCACCCUGGAUGAACUGUCAGUAGCCUACCUGGAGCUGCAGGCUCUGAAGCUGCAGACACCACUGUGGAUUGGACUCAAUAGGAAUGAGACGCACGGCUACUUCAGGUGGAUGGACGGCUGGCCCUUGAGCAUGGACCGGUGGGCCCAAGACGAGCCCAGCAGAGACCGGCCCUGUGUCUACCUGGAUGUGGAAGGCACCUGGAAGACAGCCCUUUGUAACCACACCUACCCCAGUGUGUGUAAGCAGUCCCCAGCCGUCCCGCCCACGGCCCCACCCCAGUACCCUGGGGAAUGUAUCCAGGAGGAGGAGCAGGAGGAGAUCAGUGGUAGAAACACCCCCUGGUUCUGGUUGCCUUUCAAAGGGCACUGCUACAGCUUCGUCAUUAAUGACAUAGAGUGGGCCGACGCCUCCACCAGCUGUAAACGUAAAGGGGCGUCUCUGGUGAGCAUCGAGGAUCCUGAAGAACUUCGCUUCAUAAAGAGCAACCUGGAGGUUCUUAAAGACAGCUACUCCUCCUUCUGGAUUGGCCUGUACAAAACACACCUAGGUCAGUGGAAGUGGCUGGACGAAACAAUGCUGGACUACAUUAACUGGGCAGAGGGACAGCCUCAGGACUCUUCCUAUGUCUAUGGAAAUAUGCUAUCCUCCGAUGGGACUUGGAGCACUGCCUCCAGUUGGGAUGAUAAACCAUACAUCUGCAAGACGCCCAAAGUUCUACCAGAAACACCACCAACACAUGUGUCUCUGAAGGCAGGUCAGAGGCGUGUGUAUUCAGGCCUGGCAGUGGUGGUGGUAUUGGCUACCAUGUGUCUGAUGGGCCUCACAGCCUUAAUGCUCUACAAGAAGACCGGCCGUCCCCUGCCCUCCUUCACCAACCCCCUGGUCUUCAGCGCAGGCCGGAGUACCUUCGACAACCCCCUCUACACGGAGCCCGUCGCCGAGGUUGACCCCAGCAUGGUGGACACUAGCCAGCUGGUUAACCAUAUGGAGGCUCAGCCAAUGAUCACUUUAUGAUUGGAGAGAGUCGCUAAUGCAUGCUAGCAGAUACCCAUAGACUUCCAGUAGUUGCGCUAAUGCAUGCUAGCAGAUACCCAUAGACUUCCAGUAGUUGCGCUAAUGCAUGCUAGCAGAUACCCAUAGACUUCCAGUAGUUGCGCUAAUGCAUGCUAGCAGAUACCCAUAGACUUCCAGUAGUUGCGCUAAUGCAUGCUAGCAGAUACCCAUAGACUUCCAGUAGUUGCGCUAAUGCAUGCUAGCAGAUACCCAUAGACUUCCAGUAGUUGCGCUAAUGCAUGCUAGCAGAUACCCAUAGACUUCCAGUAGUUGCGCUAAUGCAUGCUAGCAGAUACCCAUAGACUUCCAGUAGUUGCGCUAAUGCAUGCUAGCAGAUACCCAUAGACUUCCAGUAGUUGCGCUAAUGCAUGCUAGCAGAUACUCAUAGACUUCCAGUAGUUGCGCUAAUGCAUGCUAGCAGAUACCCAUAGACUUCCAGUAGUUGCGCUAAUGCAUGCUAGCAGAUACCCAUAGACUUCCAGUAGUUGCGCUAAUGCAUGCUAGCAGAUACCCAUAGACUUCCAGUAGUUGCGCUAAUGCAUGCUAGCAGAUACCCAUAGACUUCCAGUAGUUGCGCUAAUGCAUGCUAGCAGAUACCCAUAGACUUCCAGUAGUUGCGCUAAUGCAUGCUAGCAGAUACCCAUAGACUUCCAGUAGUUGCGCUAAUGCAUGCUAGCAGAUACCCAUAGACUUCCAGUAGUUGCGCUAAUGCAUGCUAGCAGAUACCCAUUGACUUCCAGUAGUUGCGCUAAUGCAUGCUAGCAGAUACCCAUAGACUUCCAGUAGUUGCGCUAAUGCAUGCUAGCAGAUACCCAUAGACUUCCAGUAGUUGCGCUAAUGCAUGCUAGCAGAUACCCAUAGACUUCCAGUAGUUGCGCUAAUGCAUGCUAGCAGAUACCCAUAGACUUCCAGUAGUUGCGCUAAUGCAUGCUAGCAGAUACCCAUAGACUUCCAGUAGUUGCGCUAAUGCAUGCUAGCAGAUACCCAUAGACUUCCAGUAGUUGCGCUAAUGCAUGCUAGCAGAUACCCAUAGACUUCCAGUAGUUGCGCUAAUGCAUGCUAGCAGAUACCCAUAGACUUCCAGUAGUUGCGCUAAUGCAUGCUAGCAGAUACCCAUAGACUUCCAGGCUUUUAGUUUAGUUUAUUCAUUCGACCAUUCAAAAUAACAAGCACAUAUAAAUCUUAUAAAAAGCCAUAAAUGCAUGAAUAAAAUCAUGUAUGAUAACACACAAUAAAGUCAGGGACUUAUUUCCAUCGAUGGAUAGACAAGAUCGAACAAGAUCGAACACAGCCAGUGAAAUGAUUAAACAAAACCCGAGAAGAAGAACAUCUAUCUCAUCAUUGGAAGGUGGUCACAAACCUGGCUGUCAUCUGAACAUUGAGAUUGUCCAGUAUGUUGGAGUACAUUCUUCCCGUUUCUACAGUAAGAUCAGCUGUUUACUACGAGUUGAACAUUCUGCCAGGUUCCGGUUCAAUGCACUUCUGUUUAAAUCUGAUGGAUUCUCUUCAAAUGUAAACAUGUUUCAAGUUAAACUGUACUUUGUUUGUAUCCUGUUUAGUGAAUGAUUACCGAGAGUAUUAAUGGAGUUUUAGGUCAUGAAACUGUGUGUUUGCUAGUUUAAAAACCUAAUCAUAUACGAGGACAUGGCCUAGGAUCAGAGAGCAGGGUCAAGCCCAGGACGGAGGAAUGACGGGUUGUGAAUCUGACGUCUAGCUAAACAAAGAGAUGGACACAUUCUACAGGGGAAUGGGGGGAAACUCACUGGGGUCAUAAAAUGCAUAGCUGGUGAGGUAACACCUACAAGAGGGUGUUGACCAAAAGGAGGGAGGAGUAUAUGAUGUGUUGUGAACUGA